CAGCAGUUUGGUCAAUAUUGUCUUAACAUGCUUCAAAUAAAUCAGCUCUCCAAGAUAAAAUGGCAACCCCAAAAGAGAAAACUCCAAUGUGUCUGGUAAAUGAGUUAGCCCGUUUCAAUAGAGUCCAACCCCAGUAUAAACUUCUGAAUGAAAGAGGGCCUGCUCAUUCGAAGAUGUUCUCAGUGCAGCUGAGUCUUGGCGAGCAGACAUGGGAAUCCGAGGGGAGCAGUAUAAAGAAAGCCCAACAAGCUGUUGCUAAUAAAGCUUUGACUGAAUCUGCGCUUCCCAAACCGGUUCAGAAACCAGCCAAAAGUAAUGUUAAUAAUAACCCAGGUAGUAUAACUCCAACUGUGGAACUGAAUGGGCUUGCUAUGAAAAGGGGAGAGCCUGCCAUCUACAGGCCAUUAGAUCCAAAGCCAUUCCCAAAUCAUAGAGCUAAUUACAACUUUCGGGGCAUGUACAAUCAGAGGUAUCAUUGCCCAAUGCCUAAGAUCUUUUACGUUCAGCUAACUGUAGGAAAUAAUGAAUUUUUUGGGGAAGGAAAGACUCGACAAGCUGCUAGACACAAUGCUGCAAUGAAAGCCCUUCAAGCACUGCAGAAUGAACCUAUUCCAGAAAAAUCACAUCAGAAUGGUGAAUCAGGAAAAGAAAUGGAUGAUGACAAAGAUGCGAAUAAAUCUGAGAUCAGCUUAGUGUUUGAAAUUGCUCUGAAGCGAAAUAUGCCUGUCAGUUUUGAGGCUGGUCCAGAAUAUGGUCAAGGAAUGAACCCCAUUAGCCGCCUGGCCCAAAUUCAACAGGCCAAAAAGGAAAAGGAGCCAGAUUAUGUUUUGCUUUCAGAAAGAGGAAUGCCUCGACGUCGAGAAUUUGUGAUGCAGGUCAAGGUAGGCAGUGAAGUUGCUACUGGAACAGGACCCAAUAAAAAGAUAGCCAAAAAAAAUGCUGCAGAAGCAAUGCUAUUACAACUUGGUUAUAAAGCCUCCACUAGUCUUCAGGAUCAACUUGAGAAGACAGGGGAAAACAAAGGAUGGAGUGGCCCGAAGGCUGGGUUUCCUGAACCACCAAGUAACACUCCAAAAGGAAUUCUUCAUUUGUCUCCUGAUGUUUAUCAAGAGAUGGAAGCCAGCCGCCACAAAGUAAUCUCUGGCACUACUCUAGGCUAUUUGUCACCCAAAGAUAUGAACCAACCUUCAAGCUCUUUCUUCAGUAUAUCUCCUACAUCGAAUAGUUCAGCUACAAUUGCCAGGGAACUCCUUAUGAAUGGAACAUCUCCUACAGCUGAAGCCAUAGGUUUAAAAGGAAGUUCUCCUACUCCCCCUUGUUCUCCAGUACAACCUUCAAAACAACUGGAAUAUUUAGCAAGGAUUCAAGGCUUUCAGGCAGCUUUAAGUGCCUUGAAACAAUUUUCUGAACAAGGACUGGAUCCAAUCGAUGGGGCAAUGAAUAUUGAAAAAAGUUCUCUUGAAAAACAAGCCAAGCAUCUGAGAGAGAAAGUGGAGGAUAACCAGGCGCCCCCGGGCUCCAUCGCUCAGGACUGCAAGAAAUCAAACCCCGUCUAGCAGCUCCCAGAACCCGCCACUGCCACCGCAUCCUUAUAAACCUGUCAGCACGCAUGAGGGUGUCUGUGUUCUGGGAAAUGAAUGACUAAUACCAUUAUUUGAGUCUUAUGUGAAGACAACACUAUUCUAACACAAGAGAUAAUAUACAUGGUACUGUUUAUUCAACUGGGGAAAAAUAAAACUUUGAGCAUUUCCCUUGGAACUUGAGAUCAGAUCAUAACUCAUUUGCCCAGAGGCGGCAGAAAUCUGAUCUUGCUACUGGAGCUUAAAAUAACAAGUAAAGAAAAGUGUUAGAAACAGAGCUAAAAUUUUCAAAUGAUUAAUAGAGAAGUUGGGUUUGGUUCCGUUGUUAUGAUUGUUUUGUCGUGGCACUUGUGUUCACUUAUACUCUCUCUCUCUCUCUCAUUUCAAAUAAUGCUUGACAAUUCGAAAAUUAACCAAUGACGUGCUGUGGAAUGUGAUGGUCGUUGUCUUCAUAUAGAGUCACAUGGUUUCUCUUUUUAUGCAGAUAUUUGUAAUCUUCAUCCUAUAUCAAUAUGAAUAACUUUAAGGUGCACUACGGAAAGAUGUAUGCAAACAUGUUUUAAAUCAGGUCAGACAUUUGAUUAAAAAUAUGAACUCAUGUUAGGAGCAAGUAGUUUCAAUAUACUCCAGGAAUUUCAGAACAAAACAAAACAAAGCAGUUGUGGGUUUUGAGCUCCAUAUACUCUUAGCAACUAAGGCGGCGUCUUGCCCUUACACAUCGUUUUCCUGGAUCCCACUGUCUGUCGUGGGAAUCGCAUCCACCUCCAUCCGUGUGUUGUAGCCACUCACGGUUUGCAUCAAGAGUGUUUUUAGUAACUGCCUCUGGCCUUGGGACAGAGAGUAGGGUCAAAGUAAAUAACGCACGUGGCGGGAAGGGAAAGCCUGUUGGAGAUGCUCAUAGCCAGCCACGCUCUGGACCAGCAUGUUGGAAUCCAGUGCGGAGCAAAUGCAGUAAAAAUUUGGUCGGUUUCUGUGUGAA